AUGCAUCGAAUUCAAGCUGUUUGUUUGGGCCACAAAGAAGAAUUCAUUGGUAACUAUCAAUCAAUCGAGCAAUUAGAAGCACAAGUGUUAGAGAAAUAUAGAAAAUAUUUGACUCAAAUAAAUAUAAAAGAAUUUCGUGUACCAUUUAUAUUAGCCAUUAAAAAUGAACAAACCGGCACAGAAGAAAUACUGAAAGAUAUAAAUGUGAUACCUAAAAAUAAUAAACGAUGGUUCAAAAUGCAUGUUAAAAGGAUAUGGGAUACAUGUUGUGUAUGUAUCAGCCCAUUCGGUAUUACAUCUGAUCAAUUACCAUGCGAAUGUCCAACAGAAGAUUGCAGUUAUCAAUAUUGUGUUAAAUGUGUACAAUCGAUAAAAACAUCUAACAACAAGAAUAAUGGACAAUUCUAUUGUUUAUACUGUCAAAAAUCAUCUGCAGAUGAUGCAAGAGUGAAUGAAUUGCUGAUGAAUUUACUAUGGAAAAAAUAUUCUGUUAAAUACGGGACUGAAUUAUUGUCAUCAAUAAAUAUUAUGCCUGGAGCACUUUCAAACGAUAUUUCUAGUCGAAUUAUUCAUGUUCAAUCAUUGAUACAAACAUUAAAUGGAAAGAUUAAUGACGAUAAUUCCAUAUCUGAAUUAGUACAAACUCUUCUGGGACGGGGAGGUACAUUUAUAAAAGAAUUAAAACUAAUCAAACGCGAUGUAGAUAAAUUAAUCUCGAUAAACGAUGAUGAUGAUGAUGACGAUGCAUUGAAUCGUUGUUUUACAACUUAUUUGAAUGUAUUAGACGGUAGCCAUGGCAACACUCGAAUAUGCGAAAACUUCAUAGAAAUAUGUGAACUGUUAUUAUAUUACAUUCAACAAGCGGAAUUGAAGAAAACGUUUCCAUCGUUGAAUGAAAAAAUCAAUCAAUGGGAAAAUACCGUCUUGACAAGUGACCUAUUUGAACCGAAAAUUAUUGAUGUUUUCAAAUCACUUGAAAGCGAUCUUGGCCGUAACAUUUUGCCUAGUGUACCGUGUAGAAUAGGCUUAAUUGGCGAAACCAAUGCAGGAAAAACGUCAUUAGUACUCUCUUUAAGAGAAAUCAAGGAUGAUUACAGUACUAAUUUUCAAUUACAAGAACUUCCUGACAUUAUACUUUCGUCGCCCAUAGGUGCUCAUAAAAGUACAUAUUGUCAAUUGGAAUUCGAACAUGCGUAUGAUAAUGGUACGAAAGUUAUAUUCGUAGAUAUCGAAGGGUCCACGGAUAGCGAUUUACAAGUGAUAUCAGGAAAUUAUUUUGAUCAAAUUAAAAAAGCAGAUUGUGACUUGUAUAUAAUUGUUUUUGAAAAUAAUUUUACAGAUGUCCAUCGUAAUUGGCAAGAAUAUAUUGUUAACCGUUUGAAUCGUACCUGUUGGAUAGUACGUAGUAAAGUCGACGAAUUAUUUAUCAGAACAUUUAAACAAGAUGUCGGCCAAGACUUUUGUACAUGUGAUGAAAUAACAAGAAAUAAAUAUGCUGAAAAAGUCGUACACCGAGUUCGACAACUUGGCAUCACGGACAAUAGUGGAAGAGAAUUAUCUGAUAUAUAUCUUACUACUACGGCAAGUGAAGGUGUCCGUAAUCAAAAUAUUUCCAUAUUACCGUAUGCAAAAUUCGAUCUUGAAAAAUUGAUUGAUGAGCUCAAAAAUCUACCAGAUAGUUAUCAUGAAAACCGUCUACAGCAGAUGAGUAUAUGUGCAGUCGCUCGGACUAUUAAUAUUUGCUUUCGUCGUGGUUAUGCUUUGAACACGAUGAAAUACAACAUUUUGGCAGGCAUAGCUGCCGUGAUACCAUUUAUGGAUUUAAUUCCAAGAUAUUUUGCACGCGAACAAAUCCGUCAAAAAUUUGGUGUUCAUACUCAUUCGUAUCUGACGAAAUGGUCCUCGGGUAAAACCGAUGAAUUUCAAGACUAUUUGAAACAAUUCAAUAUUGAAAUUGAUGGAUCGUAUUUGAAAACUUCGACUUUAAAACAUUCGUUUGAACCCAGCAGUAUUGCAAAUCAAGAAAAAGUAAAACAUUCACCUUCGAUUGCUGUCAGAGCUGUAGCAGGUGUAGCUACUGCGGGAGCUGCAUUAUCGGACGAUGGUCUUAGAGCUGCUGGAGUUGGUACUACGAAUGUUGUUCGUGGUUUAUCGGUUGUCGUUUUUGUUGCGGGCAUAGCAUUAACUGCAGGGAUGUGUGCCUGGUCAGCUGUAUCCAAUGGUAAACAAAUGUAUGAUUAUUUAAAUCGACUAUGUGAUGAUUUAAUAUUCGUCAGUGGACCUCUAGCCAUGAAAAUGAUUCGAAAUAAUCAUGAAAUACGCAAUCAAUUUUUAGAUAAAAUAUGA